UAUGAUAUGAUGUUUCAAUUUUUUUUUCUAAUUAAAAAAUUUAUAAGCUAAAUUUUCAAAUAAUGUUAAUCUCACAAUUAUAAAGCCAUAAAAGCGAAAAGACAACAAAUUUAUUGGCCACCAAGGAUAUAAUAUAAGCAGGAAAAAAUGAGCCAACAAAAGCAUGUUACAAUGAAAUUGACUAAAAUUGCAAGUGAAAAGCGCCCACGCGUGGAUUAACAACAUAACAACGUAGCAACGAGAGGGCAACGGCCCACCAAGCAAAUGCUGGGCACCCUCCUAAACAUAAGAAUCGCCAUUCACCUGCUUUUAACAAUGCCGCACUCUGCAAUGGCUCGCAACCAACAAAAUGUCACUCAAAGUGUGCUUAAGACGUGCGCUGUUUUACUUGUGAAACCAAACAAGUUGUAAAGAGAGUAAGUUUUAAGAAAAGUACACAAUAAAAGACAAUAAAAAAAAAAAAAUAAUAACAACGUGGUUAACGACAGCGGUGUAUAAGCAGUUUAACAACAAAGCAAAAAAAAAAAAAUAGAAAAUUCGAAAAAAAUUAAAACAUUCCCUUACAAAACACUCACAAAGGCCACCACGAGAAAUCACCUUUACGCCCUCGUGGCACACUACCCACUCACACACAACCACCACUACAAGAACACAUAAACACAAAAGACGCACACAUACUACAUACACUAGCACUAAUCCAAAACAAUGCUGCGUAGCUGUGUGUGUUUGGGUCGUGGCGCGAAACGACGCAGCUCCUCGUUAGAGGACACCUCAUCGUGCCGUUCGUCUGAAAUUGAACGUGUCGCCAAACGUAUGGAGACCAUGACGGUUUAUACGAAAACCACAUCAACGACCAAAACGACAACCACAACAACAAGCAAAUUGCAACAGCAACAGCAGCAACAGUUGCAAUCGAACGAAAGCGGCGGACGCACCACAACUUCCAGUAUAUUGCAGUUCUUCCAAUCGAAAACGUGGUACCGGCAUUGGCGUAAAACGGAACGUUCGAUGAGCAUGUCAAAGACCGAAAGAACAUUGCGCGCAGCUUUGCUCAUACAAAGAUGGUAUCGAAGGUAUAGAGCGCGUACGGAGAUACGUCGUCGUUAUACAUGGAAUAUAUUUACAAGUCUGGAAUAUGCUGGUGAAAAUGAUCAGGUGGAGUUAUAUAACUUCUUCAAUGCCCUACUCACUCACAUUCCCGAAGCAGCUGCUGCCCAUCGUCCAUCAGUACAGAGGGACUCAGAGAUCUCAAUAGCUUCAGAUGUUUAUUUUGAUGAGUCAGAUUUCAAUGAGGAUGGUGAAUAUCGUUCGGAUAAGAAUUAUGAUGGACCACAUUUGAAAUUUCCGUUAAUCAAAAAAGACGUUGUUACGCUGAUUGAUGUGUUUCGCAAGAAAAAGUCUGAUCGUUUGCUCGCCAAAUAUGUGGGCGGUAUUUUGAAAGAGGCUGCAUUUAAAUUGAAACGUUUACCAAAUCUCAAUCAAGCCUCAACGGCGAUAUCCAAGCAGAUAACAGUUAUCGGAGAUUUACAUGGAAAAUUGGAUGACCUCUUGGUGAUUUUCUACAAGAAUGGUCUUCCUUCUGUCGAAAAUCCUUACAUCUUCAAUGGUGACUUCGUGGAUCGCGGCAAAAAGGGCUUGGAGGUCUUUCUGCUGCUACUCGCCUGCUUUCUGGCCUUUCCCGGUGCUGUGCAUUUAAAUCGUGGCAAUCAUGAGGAUUCUGUAAUGAAUGCGCGUUAUGGUUUCAUACGUGAAGUGCAGCAGAAAUAUCGUCGCAAUUCCGAAAAAUUAAUGUUAAUGAUUGAAGAAGUUUACCGCUGGCUGCCUCUGGGCUCCAUCGUUAACAAUCGUGUAUUGAUUGUACAUGGCGGCAUAUCGAACACAACGGACCUGGAUAUGAUCAGGAGUAUAGACCGUGGCAAGUAUGUCUCAAUCUUGCGACCACCUAUUGAGAUGGCUGGGGAGGAUGGCAUCGAUAAGACCGAAUGGAAACAGAUCUUUGACAUAAUGUGGAGUGAUCCGCAAGUGGGUGAAGGCUGUAAGCCAAAUGCUCUACGUGGGGCUGGUACCUAUUUUGGACCUGAUGUGACCAAAGAAUUCCUAGCAAAGUAUAAAUUAAAAUUCUUGGUGCGUUCGCAUGAGUGCAAACCAGAUGGACAUGAGUUUACACAUAAUGGGCAGGUUAUCACAAUUUUCUCGGCGUCCAAUUACUACGCGGUCGGUUCGAAUAAGGGUGCCUACUUGAAAUUCGGCCCCCAACUGGAUACACAAUUUGUGCAAUAUAUAUCGGCGGCAUCGAAAACCUCUAAACUAUCAAUCCAACAACGUGUUAGCAUUAUUGAAAGUUCAGCAUUACGUGAAUUGGGUGCGCGAUUGCGUGCGCGGCGUGAUGUACUUGAAGCUGAAUUUGCAAAAUUGGAUCCCAAGCAAACGGGCGCAGUGACAGUGACCCAGUGGUCGGAUACGAUGGAGCGCGUGACGCAAAUGUCUUUGCCAUGGCGUUUAAUGCGCAGCCGAUUGGCACCACAAUUCACACAAGCCGAGCCCAAUCUUGUAAACUAUCUGAUGACUUUGGAGUUGCUCGAUACGGAUGUUAUUGUACAAGAAGCUGAAGCCUCGACGAGCGUCACAGAUGCUCUCUACAAGAAUAAGAGUAGCUUGGAGGCAAUAUUCCACAUAAUCGACAAAGAUAAUUCAGGUCAAAUUUCCUUGGAAGAAUUCGGCGAAGCCAUAGAUUUGUUACGACAGUAUAUGCCUUCGGCUGGCACGAAAGCCGAGCUAUUGCAUAUGUGUCAGAUGAUGGAUAUCAACAAGGAUGGUUUUGUCGAUUUAAACGAGUUCCUGGAGGCUUUCCGUCUGUGCGAUCAGGCGCGUAAGCAUACACAAACAUCACGAUCGAAGUCAUCAAGACAAUCCAGCACGCUUGUUGCGGAACUCGCUGAACACCUCUCGAUACAGAAGCUCACGGAAGUGGAAUCCGAUAUCGAUCCUAGGGAUCAUGUGUCGGUGGUACUCAGUGAAAAACCCAAAAUAAAGAACUAAAUUUGUUAUAGUAAUAAGAUUCACUAUUAGUGAAAUAACUGCAACAAUUACAGAAAAUUAAUUCGCAGUUUUAACAUAAAGAAUUAGCGCGCAUGAUAAAUAUAUUUAAAUAUAAUAUUAUUUUAUUCUAAUGUGUUUUAUAAGUUUCUUAUUAUUUUUUGAAAAUUUUAAUUCAUAUGUUGUUCCUAUUAUUGUGCAUGAUCGCAUAUUUAAUUUCUCUUCUACGAGUAUGCGUGAUAUAUAAAACUGUUCUUAAUUAAUAUAUCAUGCGAUAUUUUUUUGCCAGCGUAUAAUAUGUUCAUAAUUAUGUGGAAGGUUUCUUACUUAAGUGUUGUUAUUAAAUAUUUUUAAUGUAUGCUAUUUCACUAAAUGAACUAUAUAAAUUUCUACUCCGUCCAAGCGCUAUUUGUAACUAAUUUUUAACAAUUUUUUCCUUUGCAAAAAAAAUAAAAAAAUAUAAAAAAUCCAUGAAAUGUCAGUGUAAGUAUUUUAUUGCUGGCAAAAAAAAAAAACAUAUGUUACGCAACUAAUGUUCAUUUUCAAAUGCCAGAACUUUAGUAACUUCAUUGAAAAAUUAAUAUUUUUUAAAUAAAAUAAUGUUUCGAGAAACUUAGUUUUACACA